AUGAGUCGACAAACAAAGGGAUUGAGACGUUAUUGCGAUAUUUGCCGUGAUACAGAUAUAGAUGUGAAAUGUUCACAGUGUGGUAAAGUGUAUCACUGGGACUGUCUACGCAACUGCAAUUUGAUAGGAAGUGAUGUAAUAUUGGAAGACUCAUUUUAUUGUCCAGAUUGCAAAAACAAUGACGAGUUUUGCUAUAUUUGUAAAGAUGAUGAUACAGGAGAUACAAUGUUAUACUGCGAUGGAUGCCCAAAAUCUGCUCAUUUAAGGUGUUUAGGGCUAACAGAAGAACCAGAUGUGCCAAUGUGGUAUUGUCCAAAUUGUGAAACAGAUACGGGAUGUAAGAAGAAGGAUAAACAGAAUGGUGAUGUGCGAACUUUAGGAGGAACAAAGAAGACGAAUGAUGACACAGAUAUUAAUAGUGAUACAUGUUAUGUAUGUCAGAAGACUGGAAAACUUCUUGGAUGCGAUUUUUGCACAUAUUCAUAUCAUCCUAAAUGUAUAGAGACGGAGGUUUUUGCUUUUGAUAGUGAUAAAUGGAAAUGUCCAGUUUGUAGAGGUGAAGAUCCUUUAAAAAAUAUGAGGCAUAAACGGAUGACGAAGUCUGAAAGAUAUAAACUUUCUCAGGAGUGGCAGAAUUGUAUUAAGAAGCAAAUAAAGCAAUCAACAAUAAACCGUGAUAUAUUUUUGUGGGAAAACAGGCAAGCUAUAUCACCUUUUGUUUCCCGAAAAGUUAUGGAGCGCCUAAAACGAAAUGCAGAAAAUGCCAAGAAACUGAAUACAAACAGUAAAAGUGGUAGAAUUCGGAAGAUAAGGAUUGAUGAGGAUAUAGAGGCAGAAGAUUGUAGGCUUAAUAGUGAAAAUAGUGAAGAUGCUUAUAGAUAUUAUGAAGCUCAACAAAAAGCAAAGGAAAAGUCGAUUCAGAUCUUAAAUGAAGGGGUAGAAUUAAAAGAUUACCAAAGAUUUGGAGUUCAUUGGCUCUUAGAUGCUUUUUUGAUAAAAGGUGGAGCUAUUUUAGCAGAUGAAAUGGGACUUGGUAAGACUAUUCAGACAUUGACAUUUCUGUCAUGUUUAAAAGCUUUAGGUAUUACAGGUCCUCAUUUAAUUGUUGUCCCUUUAUCAACAGUUGGGAACUGGGCAAGAGAAGUUCGAAGAUUUACUCCUAAUCUAACAAUAACAAAGAUAUGUGGCAGUAGAUGGGAACGUGAACACGCAAUGAUGGACCCUGUUGCUGCGGAUGGGUUAUAUGACUUGUAUAUUACUACAUAUGAGACUGUAGUUACUGAAGAAUCCUUUUUUGUGGAUAAUUUCCGUUGGCAAUGCAUAAUUCUGGACGAAGCUCAUAGGAUUAAGAAUGAAGGGGGACGGAUUAGACAUUCGAUGGAUAGAGUUAGUGGAUCAAUGCGAGUCUUACUAACUGGAACCCCUUUACAAAAUUCUCUGCGAGAACUGUUCACAUUACUAAAUUUUCUCUUUCCUGAUAUUCUACAGGAUUCUGAAAUUUUUGAAAAGAUAUUUCAAAUGAAAGAUAUAACAAAGAGUGCAGUAACAUCUGGUUCUGCUAUUGGAUCUUCUUGUGCAAGUUCUGAUGAUGAAAUAGAGGAUUUGGACAAUUUAGGUAUUAAAGUGGACUCAAAACGUAUAAAAUUAUUCCAUCGUCUUUUACAAAAACUCUUACUAAGGAGGACUAAGGAUUUGGUAAUUAAACUUCCAGACAAGAUUAUUAGAGAUAUUUGGCUUCCACUAUCUCCUUUUGGAUGGCAGUGGUAUAAACGGCUUCUUGAUGUAGGGAAUGUUCAUGGAGAUGUUUCAUUUAGAAAACUUUUAGGAUUAGUAAUUAAAAUGAGGAUUUGUUGUUCACAUCCUCGUGGAUUGGUAGCUAGAAGUUCCCAGCUUGACAAGUUAUUCAGUGUAUUUACAGAGGCCUCUCCUGAGCUUUUAAAUGAAGUUACUGGUGAUGCUUACAAGCUAAAGAGCAUAUUUGGCUGGGACCACGUCAAAGGAUCUUCUAAAUUAUUUUUUUUAGAUAAAUUAUUAAUGCAACUGCAUAGAGAAAACUGUUAUUAUAUUUCAGAUUAUGAAGUUAGUCACAACAAAUAUAUUACUGAGCAAAUUCGCUCGAUAAAAUCGAGGAUCAGUGAGCUAAGAUGUAAAGGGAUGGAGGAUAGUAAGAGUGGGGAUACAAAGACAAUUGUUGGGACUUUAUCUUUUGAGAAGGGUUACGAGGAGGAGCGGAGAGCAUGUUCAGAUUUUGACGAGAAUGAAGAGAAUUUCUCUUCAGAGAAAGUAUUUGUAGAUCUUUAUUCUCACUAUAUGUAUGAUAAGGAAAUAAACAGUGAUAAUAAACAAAUUAAAACUGAACGGAAUGAUGAGGUAAUCGAAAAUACUGAAGAAAAUAACUAUAAAUCGGAAAAGUUAGAUAAACCAAAGAAACGUUGUAGAAUGCAUAAAGUUUUGAUAUUUACUCAAUUUCAACUAAUACUAGAUGAGCUGGAAAACUAUUGUUUAUGGAGAGGAUGGCAAUAUAUGCGACUUGAUGGGAGUACUAAUAAACUUAUUCGUGAACUAGAUAUCCGAGAAUUUGGUCUUCCAGAUAACUAUGUAUUCAUAUAUUUGAUUUGCACAAGGGCAGGAGGUUUAGGAAUAAACUUAGUGAGUGCAAAUCAUGUAGUUAUGUAUGAUGAAGAUUGGAAUCCAUUUGUAGAUUUGCAAGCAGUUGAUAGAGCCCAUCGCAUUGGUCAGACUCGUGAUGUAUGUAUAUGGAAACUUGUUACUGAAUGGAGUGUAGAAGAGAGAAUGGUUUUUGGACGUGAGCAAAAGCUUAAAUUGGAUAAGAUGGUAAUAAAAGCUAGAGAGGAAGAAAGAGAAGAUGAGUUCUUAGGAAAGCAGGAAGGCAAGAUAAAAAAGGAUACACACGACUCAUCUUUUGCUCCUGAAGAGAAGCUUUCUGCAGAAGAGGUUACUAAACUUGUGAGAUAUGGUAGGAAAGCACUUAUGCACAUGGAUGAUACUUCUAACAUUUUUGAGAUGAAUUUGGAAGAGCUUAUGGAAAGGAAGCGAGUACCUAUACCAGAUGAAGAUGUACUGAUGCAAAAAGAAGAAAAAGGUGAAUUAGGAGAAGAAGAUAAACCUGAAGUAUUAGAUACUGAAGAGGUUGAUAUAACUGAAAUUUUGUGUGAUGAGAUGGAUGAAGCUGGAACUAUUCAGGGGGGGAAUACCGGACCUAAUCCCACUUGCUCUAUAGGUGCAACUACAGUUAGUACAUCUCCAGCUGAUGACAUAUUAGAAAUUAACAUAUCUGGUGAUGUAUCUACAGUGGCUAUAUCUCCAACUACAAGCGGAGGAGAUGAUGAUGGUAUAUUGUGGAGAUCUAAACGUACCCGCAAACCCCCUCCUCCUAUUUAUGACCCAUUACACUGGGAAUCUCGAUCAAAGGUGAAUGAAGAUAAGAAGUUAAUAUUGAAGCAUGAACGUUGGUGCUUUCGCUGUGGUCAAAGUAAAGCUGAUGGAGUUGGAAAUACAAAGGGAAAUGAAAACAGUAAUAAAAAUACUGAGAAUGGAAACAAAAGUACUUCUAUUAGUGGAUGUUGUGGUUCACCUCCAAAUUUUGGUGAUGUUGCAACAAAUUCUGGAAAUACUUCAUCUUCAUCUCGUAAUAAUAAGUCAUUUGCCCAAUCAGAUGAGUAUAUGCGCAAAUUUGGCUUGAUUAACUGUAGUAGAUGCCCAAAGUCUUACCAUUGGUUUCAAUGUUUAGGAUUAGACAAGGUUCCUCCAAAAACAUGGAUCUGCCCAUGGCAUGAAUGUUGCUUAUGCUUUAGAAGAGCUACUCAAGCUGGUGGCUUAUUGAUUCACUGUAGUGAAUGUCCAACAACAUUUUGUAUUGACUGCUUUCCUCCAGAAUAUGCUAGACAUCAAGUUUUGGAUAGUUUUUUUGAAAACUUAAAUAAAAGAGGUUGGAAUGUAUCUAGGGAUUCAAUGAUUGUAUUUUUAUGUUCAAAAUGUAAAGCUCUACAACAGCAAGAGAUUCGCAAAAAACUUUCUAAACAGCAACUAAUAGAGGAACAGCAAAGGCGCAGAAAGAUGAAUGAACAGCUCAAAUCAGAUGUUCUUAAGUCAGGUCAAAAAACUCUUGAUCAGUUAGGAUUUGGAACAUCUUCAGGUUCAAGUAGUAGUAUUCAAGGUAACAAUAAUCGCUUAACUCCUUACAUACCCGGGAGGAAACGAAAUAUUGAAGCUAUUUGGAAACAUACAGAGGCUCAGAUACGGAAGGGCUUUGAAAGAUUCUUCCCCCCACUUUUGUAUCAAUUACAACAGGAGUAUAUUCAAGAUAACGCUAAGCAAGAAGCUGCUAUAAUUGCAGGUGCUUCUAGAGAAAGAGAAGGCUCAAUAACAGGAUCAAUAAAUAGUGACAAAACUUCAGAGCUAACAGGUAGCGAUAAAGUUUCGGGAGAAACUGGUCCAAUUACAAAUAGUUCUACAGAGGACUUCAACAUUGGAAGCCUACGUAGAAGUCCAUGGAUGCGUCCUCCAGGUGAAUGGUUACGAUUGUGUGACAAUUGCUUGCUUCCAUUCCACGAUAUAUCAGGAUGUUCAUAUCCUCUGGAAGUUGUAAAGGUUUCUGUACCUUCUGGAGUCACUCAAAUAGAUGUUGAAACAGGUCAACCAAUGCAAUUAGCUGAUGGAACUAAAAUUAAUUCUCUAGAAGAUUUAGCUGCACUAGCAAAAAAUCCUGGAUUUGACUCCAAGUUUCAGACUAGGUCAUAUUGCUCAUUGUGCGGUUUGUCUGGAAGGAUGCAUACUAGAAGGAGUUGUCCUUUGCUACCAACUAAAGCAGAAGCAGAGUAUGAAGAGCGACAAGUUAUUUUAGAAAGAUUUAUUAAAACUCUUAAUAAUUACCCUGUUGAAUUUCCUCAUGAUCUUACAGAGGCAGAUGAAGCUACUGGAGGAUGGGAAUGCUACAGGAAAAGAGCUCAAAAAAUAGCUGAAGAAUAUCUUCUUGAUUGUUUUGUAGCUUGUGGUUUACAUGAAAUUAUAAUUCCAUCUGGUACAGCUUAUAUUGGACGUCAAAAUGUUGCUAGGAGUGUUGUAUAUAACAAUUCUGCAAACCAGCAAUCUGUAGUAAAUGCAAUGAGCUCUUUAAAGACACAAAUCAACAACUCCUCUGGAUCAAGUGCAGUUAGGUCUCUUAAAUCUUUAAACAAACAAACUACCUUAACUAACUCUAACAUUCCAACAUCUUCAUCAAUGACUGCAGCUGCAGUUGCAAUCCAACAGAGGAUGAAUGAUGCAGCUGUCUCACUUGCUAGAGCAAGAUACGCUGCAGCUGCAGCUGCAGUUACAGUAGCUGGAUUUAGACAUCCACAACCUAUAAUACCAUUUCCUAUUGUUGCAAAUAAUCCAUAUAGUAUGUUUACAGUAGCUGGAACUCCAACUUCAAUGUUAUUUAGUACAGCAAAUCCUGCAGUGGCUGCUGCUGCCCGUGCAAAUAUGAUUGUUGGUGCCAAUGUUGCCGCUGCUGUAAAUGCAUUUAGCAGAAAUAGGAAACGGAGUUCAUGUGAUACUACUGAUUCAGUACUAAGCUCUACAAAUAUGAGUACUCUUGGUGAAGCUCCCCCUACGAAGUCAAUGUAUAUAUCAACCUCUUUAGUACCCUGGGCAAAUGUUGACCCACCUACUGGAGGUGGAACAUCAUCAUUUGCAGAAGAUCCUAAUAAAGUUCUCAUUGAUGCUAGUGUGACAUUAGAUUCAUGGAUUAAGAAAAUCAAGCCUGAAUAA